AUGCUUACUUCAACCUUGCGUCAAUCUGCCCGUAGCAUGGGUAAAAAAAUCAUUGCAAACAAUUUAAGAAUAGCACCACAAUUAGCAAGAUCAUCACCAAUUUUAAUUAGCAAAUUCAACUAUUCAACAACCCCAGAUAAGCAAUUGAAGGAAGUUUUGAAACAAGAAUUGAAGCUUUCCAACUCUAUCCCAAAUGAAUUGGAUCCUGUUUACCAAGAGUUUGCAAAUAAAAGUGGAUACAAAGUUAUCGAAACUGAAGGUAAUUCAAACAUUCAAUUAGUCAAAGAAGACGAAAGCGGUGAAACUAUUAGAAUCUUUUUUGACAUCGAUGAAGUUACUGAUAUUCCAGUCAGUGAACCUACUGCUGAAGAGAUGGAUAUGGAAGAAGAAGUUGAAUCUUUAGAUUCCUUACUUUGCAAUGUUAGAGUCUUGAUUGAAAAGCCAAACAGCAACGAUGGUUUAUUAUUGAACUUAUUCUUACAAGCCUCCGAAUCAUCGUUUUUGAUCGACUUUGUUAACUACCAAAACAAUGUAUCUUCUCUCUUAAACGAUCAAAUCUUAUCCAAAAAUGAAUUUAUCGAUAAGUUCAAAUACCAAGGUCCUAGAUUUUCUGACUUGGAUGAAUCUGUUCAAACUGGAUUCGAGACUUAUUUACAAUCGAAGGGAAUUGAUGAUGAAUUAGCAGAAUUCAUUAUCUCGUUCAGUGAAUUUAAAGAAGAGAAGGAAUACAGAAAUUGGUUAAGUGAUCUCACCAAGUUUUUGAAUUGA